AGAGUAAGCGUUCCGGGGGAGAACCCCCGGACCCCCCUUUCUUUUCAGCUUCCCAGUAUCCUCAAUCCUAAUACCAGAAUAAAGCGUCCCGGGGGAGAACCCCCGGGCCCCCUUCCUUUCAGCUUCCCAGCAACUGCACCUGUCAUCAUGGAUCAUGGAUGUCAUGCACAGCUACCUGCAAGAGAAUGAGUGCACUGCAUAACCACUGCCGAACCAAAGGCGGUAACCACCUCCCGCGCCGCGGCACCUCUGCUCCCUCCCCUCCAUCCAUCAACCCCUCCAUCAACAUUCAACAAUACCAAGUACAAACAUUGAACUCACCACAAUCCCCGAAAAAAGAACAACCACACCAAAAAAUGACCCAACAUCCACGACCCCCAAAACAAACCGACUUCCCUCCGCAUUUAACAAUAACAAUUACCCCCCCAACGAGCAAAUCCUCACCCCAACCCCGCAACGCAAGCACGCCGAAUCCAACCUCCCCAAAUAUAUUAUUGCUGUUACACGGAAUAGGCGACACAGCCUCAAACUUCACCAACUUUGGCCGCGCGCUCAACCUCCCCGAAACAACCGUGCUAACGCUCCAAGCCCCGCACCCUCUCCCCUUCGACCUGGGCGGCUUCCACUGGGGCGACGACGUCACAUUCACGCCGGCCGGCGAGCUAGAUGCCGACGCAGGGUUCACGCGCGCCGCGCGCACGGUCGUCAACGAUGUGAUCCUCGGGACGCUGGUUCAGAAAUGUGGGUAUCGUCUCCGAGAUGUGCUGGUUUUUGGACUCGGGCAGGGCGGGAUGUUGGGUUUGGUUGUUGCGGGGUUGCUGAGGGAUCUAUCUGGUGGUGAUACUGGGGGUAAUACUGGUGGUGGUGAUGGUGCAGCCGGUGACAAUGAUCGAUGGCUGUCCGGGGUGGUUUCGAUCGGGGCCGCGUACCCCAUGUCUGCGGUGAAGAAUACCACAUCCAUCAAAAACCGCACGCCCGUGUUGCUCGUGGCCGGGCGGGGCUCGCUCGUGGUGACGGAGAGUGCGGUGCGCCGGACGAAGGAUCGCUUCGAGUUUGUCGAGGUCCAUCAGUAUGCGCGCAGGGGCGAUGGGAUGCCCCGGAACCGCGAGGAGAUGCUGCCGAUCAUGCAGUUCCUGGCGCGGAGAUUGAGGAGUUGGCAGGGCGUGCCUGAGGGGAGUGUGGAGAUUUCCUGAAAUCAAAAGUUCCCAGUACGUGGGCGAAUGGGAUGUGCUGUGGGCUGUACGAUACUCAGUCGAUUCAUAGUGGUGAUAGUGGUAGUACAGUACAUAU